CACAGGCGGCGGCGGCCGGCGCGCGGCGGAGCAGACAUGCCACGGCCCGGGGGUCCCCUGCUAUGUCUGCUGCUGGCGGUGGCGGUCCCCACCGCCCCCGCGCCCGCCUCCACCACCCCUCCGGCGGCAACUUCGGCUCCGCUGGAGUCGGGCCCGGCUCUCAGCUACCCGCAGGAGGAGGCCACUCUCAACGAGAUGUUCCGCGAGGUCGAGGAACUGAUGGAGGACACGCAGCACAAACUGCGCAGCGCGGUGGAGGAGAUGGAGGCAGAAGAAGCUGCUGCUAAAACGUCAUCAGAAGUCAACCUGGCAAGCUUACCCACCAACUAUCACAAUGAGAGCAACAUAGAUACCAAGGUUGGGAAUAAUACCGUCCAUGUGCAUCAAGAAGUUCACAAGAUAACCAACAACCAGACUGGACAGAUGGUCUUUUCAGAGACAGUCAUUACAUCCAUGGGGGAUGAAGAAGGCAAAAGAAACCAUGAGUGCAUCAUUGACGAGGACUGUGGGUCUACCAGAUACUGCCAGUUCUCCAGCUUCCAGUAUACCUGCCAGCCAUGCCGGGACCAGCAGACGCUCUGUACCCGGGACAGUGAGUGCUGUGGAGACCAGCUGUGUGUGUGGGGUCAUUGCACCAGAAAGGCCAUCAAAGGUGGCAAUGGGACCAUCUGCGACAACCAGAGGGACUGCCAGCCUGGGCUGUGCUGUGCUUUCCAGAAAGGCCUGCUGUUCCCUGUGUGCACACCCCUGCCCAUGGAGGGCGAGCUCUGCCAUGAUCCUGCCAGCCGGCUGCUUGACCUCAUCACUUGGGAGCUGGAGCCUGAUGGAGCUUUGGACCGAUGCCCAUGUGCUAGUGGCCUUCUCUGCCAGCCACACAGCCACAGCCUGGUGUACGUGUGCAAGCCAGCUUUCGUUGGCAGUCAACCUGAGGAAGGCCUGCUGCCCAAGGACGUCCCCAUGGAGUAUGAAGAUGGCGACAUCAUGGAGGCAGUGCGCCAGGACCUAGAGGACCUGGAGAGGAGCCUGGCCCAGGAGAUAAUGCCCAGGGAUCCCCCCACUGAGCUUCUGGUUGGAAAGGAGAUUUAGCUCCAGACCCAUGCAGUGGGUAGAUGUGCAAUAGAAGUGGCUAAUUUAUUUCUUCAGGUGUGUCCCCUAGCUGUGGGCUGGCCAGGCUUUCUCUGUGUUCCCUCCCCAGUAAAUUUUCACUUUGGCUUGACAAAAUGAGAUGUCAUGUGUUUGUCUUGUAGACCCCACCUGUAAUCCAUGCACUCUCUGCUCUCUGCAGCACAAGAGGAGGGUGGGGCCCAGUAGCCCCAUACUGUUGGCCACUUUGCCUCUAUAGUGGACAGAUGAUAUAUUUUGUUCUAUGUCAAACUGAGAAUUGUCUAAAGGAGAAGAGGAAGAAUAAGAUGGAGGCUCCCCUUGAUACGAUUGCAGGGUGGGGGUGGGGUGUGUGGAAAAGGGUACCUGCUUUGCAAACAUUAUCCUGGCAGAAACAGCCCCUGACUUUUUCUGCAGUUCUCCUGGUGGGCAGAAGCAACUGCCUGGGGUCAGCUGUGCUGCUCAUCCCAACUUCCCACUAUCCACUCCACUUCCUACCCAUCCAUCCCUCAGUCAUUCCCUCAGCUCCUACACCCGUCAUUUCCUGCCCUCACUCUCUGGGGAAGGAACUCUUCUGUUUCUCAAGGACCUUGAAGACUCAGUUUCCUGUACAAGUUGCACAGCUAGUUUUAUUGGGUGAUCAGAUGAAUCACGGAGGUGUGACAACAAACCAUGUGUUCUCCCAUGUACCCCAAACUAGCCUCAGGGCCACCACCAACACCCUCAAAAGGAAGGAAAAUGAGUGUUCCGUUUGAGGCAUAUCUGGAAUCAAGGUCAGACGACUUCUUAUGUCCCCUCUGAGAUUAAAUUUCUAUGAGAAACGA